AUGGACUUGUCGAGCCCUUGCCUGCAAUGCUGGCGGGGAUGUCAACGACUUGCAGGUAUCCGCACGGUGCCGCACCCACCGCGCGUCCGAGUGGCUGCCGUCCAAUGCUCCAGUCGAAUGGGCUCUGCUGCGGCUGUGGAGGACAACGCCGAGAAGAUGGAGAGACUGGCGCGUAAAGCUGCUGAAGGCGGUGCGAAGAUCAUCGUUUUUCCGGAAGCUGCACUCACGGGGUAUACAUCCCAGGCUUUCCUGCACAAUUGGCACAUUCCACAGCGGCGGCUACAACCUCGCUUUACUGGCAUCGAUCCCACGGGUGUCGUGCCGAGGGUGGACUCCCCGAUAGUGCAGAAGCUGGUGGCCUUGGCCAAAGAGCUGCACGUCUACAUGACGAUCCCCUUCGUGGAAGAAGUAGAGGCCUCCCCGAAGGAAGGAGAGGCCGAGAGCCAGUUUUUCAACACAGUUUGCUUGGCUGGACCCUCCGGAGAAGUGGUCGUCCACUAUCGCAAAACGCACCUGUGGGACUACGUCGAUGGAAGCUGGGCUUCCAGAGGCGAUAGCCCAGGCUUCGUGGAGACGGAAUUCGGCCGAGUUGGAAUUGGCAUCUGUUAUGACAUACACCGCCUGGCUCAGCUUUACUCGAAUGCAAAUCUCUGGGCUCUCUUGUACUCCGUGGCCUGGGUUGGGCACCCAACUGAUGGUCCGACAGAGCGCUGGUUUCGCAAGGAUUUGUCCGAAACAUACUUGGGAAGGGACGGCUUGAAGUGCUUCGUCAUCGCCGCCAACUGGAGCACAGACCGCGAGUAUUUCUGGGACGGUGCUGGCUACAGCUCCAUGUAUGGACAAGACGGGCAAAGGCUUGCAUACCUGGAUGUUGAAGUUGGAGACAGCAUCCUGUACAGCGACAUACCAUUUGACCCGUCCUGA